CCUACAAGGACAGCAGAAGCCAACCAUGCUCGCAGCAGGCCUCCAUCUCCUGGAACGUCUAGAGACAUACCUAGACAACCCCAGUAUCCCAUGGAAGACUCUGGUCAUUGGCUUCACCAUCGGCCAAUUCGGUCUUGAGCAGUUCCUUGCAGCGCGUCAGUAUAAAAAAUUGCAGCAGAAACAGCUUCCAAAGUUGCUAGAUGGGAUUGUGGAUAAAGAGACCUUCACCAAGUCGCAGAGCUAUGGACGUGCCAAAGCACAGUUUGGCUUCUUUAGCAGCUUGUAUGGAUUGGCUACGAAUUUGGUCAUUCUGAAGUAUGAUCUCUUGCCUCAAGUCUGGGAUUUAAGUGGUCGUUUGGCUGCUCGUAUUGCGCCUGCGGUCGUCGCUGGUCCCAUCUUCCACGCCAUCUGCUUCGUCAUGACUUUUGUGCAAAUCAGCACUUUGCUCAAUCUACCCCUGAGCCUCUACUCGACGUUUGUCCUGGAGGAGAAGUUUGGCUUUAAUAAGCAGACACUGCGUCUCUUCAUCACAGAUCUCAUCAAGGGUCAAGUCCUGACAGUGGCAAUUGGGUCGCCUGUCUUAUGGGCCUUCCUCAAGAUUGUCAACCACUUUGGCCGAUCCUUCUUCUUCUACCUCUGGGUGUUCUUCUUGGCCUUCCAAGCACUCAUGAUUACAGUCUACCCAAUCUUCAUCCAACCGCUGUUCAAUAAGCUCGAACCGCUACCAGAGGGUAAAUUGCGUACAGAGAUUGAGAAGCUUGCUGGAUCCCUCCACUUCCCACUCAAGCACCUCUAUGUCAUUGACGGUUCUAAACGCAGUGCCCACUCCAACGCCUACUUCUUCGGUCUUCCCUGGUCCAAGCACAUUGUGUUAUUCGACACGUUGAUUGAACAAUCCUCACAAGAAGAGAUUGUUGCCGUGUUGGCGCAUGAAUUAGGACACUGGCAACUCUCCCACACCUCACGCAUCCUCGCCAUCUCACAAAUCCACAUCUUUUGUCUCUUUGCACUGUUUAGCUGUUUCAUCACAAAUGGCAGUGUGUAUCGCAGUUUCGGCUUUACAAAAGGCGUCAUGCCGAUUGUUGUUGGGUUCAUCUUGUAUGGUGAUAUCUUGACACCGUUGGAUUCUGUUUUGACGUUGGGUAUGAAUAUGCUCUCUCGCAAGCAUGAGUAUGAGGCAGAUGCGUUUGCCAAGGAACUCGGGUAUGACCAUGAAUUGGGUGAGGCGCUCGUCAAGUUGCAGGUGAAGAACUUGAGUACGAUGGAUCCGGAUGCUUGGUUCAGCGCCUAUCAUCAUUCUCAUCCAACACUGACGGAGCGGCUGCGUGCUAUUUCGUGGCAAAAGGGUAGUAAGAAGGGUCAGUAGAAGCAAGACAUCUCAACACGCAAUAGAAUAGUCAUCAUGAAUCCUACAAGAUGGUAAGAAGAAAGAGGACAAGAAUAAAAAGUAACCAAGUAAGGCGAGCACAUCACCGCCAAGCAGCAUCAAAAAGUAUAGGAAAAAAAAGAAACGAAAAACCAUGAAGAGAUUAUCAUUAAGUGGGUCAAGCCUUUGCGGCGGCUGUGACUGGCUUUUGCGCAAUAACAGGCGCUCUCACUUUCUUUGUGAAUUCCGCAUCUUGCAUACUAUAGCGCCGUCCAAUAGCGCGUUCGAGUUUUGCAACAACGCUGAGGGUUGCGAAUUCUUGUUGUUUUGAGUCUGUCACCAGAGCGCGUUGUUGGUUGAGUUUCGGGGAUUGGAAACGGUCAUAGUCGUUUGCAUAUUGGAUUGCGUUGCGCUCGAGUGAGGU